CCGCCCUGGAUCCGCCUGUGUGGCGGCGUGCCCGCGGGCGGUGACCUGGGGCAAAGGGGCUGGGCGCGCGGCGCGGUGUGCCGGGAAUACAGUAUCUGGUGACCGGACCUGGCGUGUGGACGCGGAAGAGGCCGAACGACGAUCCUAAUACUGGCGCGGUCGGUCGGUACUUCUACUGAACGCAUGGCAUAUUAUAUGGAGGAGUUGGGCGUCGACCUGGACCUGGUCGGAGGCGACAGGGUGGCCUGGCUGGCGCGGAUCCGGCAGCUCGAGGACCGAGUGCAGCGCCUUGAGACGGAGGCAGGCCGCGUCGGGGAGAUCACCUCGGAUGGCGUGCCGUGGUUCUGCCGGUCGGAGGAGACGGGCGGUGGAGGCGGCACACAGGCGGCCGGGCCGGCGACUGCGUUGGUGCACAGCCUGCCCCUGGCCCGGGGUCUGGAGGCGGCCGAGCCGACCGACGGGGGAGGCGGCGUCAUGAUCGUCCCGGGGUCGCCGCUGCCGGCCGCUGGGUACGGCCGGCCCCUGGUCAUGGAUCGGCGAGGGGCGCCCAAGCCGCCGUCGCCGGACUGGACGGACGUAGCCGGGGGCAUGCAGAUCCCGGGAUCGGCUGGCGCUCCGCGUCUCUGCCGGCCUGAUGAGGUGGACGGAAGGGGUGGCGCGCAGGGGCCCGGGUCGGCGGCUGCGCUGGCGCACAGCCUACCCCUGGCCCGGGACCUAGCGGCGGCCGAGCCGACCGACGGAGGAGACUACCUCUGGGGCAUUCCUGGGUCGGCUGCCGUGCCGCUGCCGACCGCCGGGUACAGCCCGCCCCCGAUCGUGGACCAGGGAGCGCCCGAGCCUCCGCUACUGGAGCUGAUGGCGAGGGGGGACGGUGCUGUCCCCAUCCGGGGCUACCAUGUGAUCAUCGGCGACUCUCACGCCAAAAGUCUGUUCGGGAGCGUGCGGGCAAUGAACGUGGCCGUGAGCGGGAACACCUGGGCUCGCCAGGCCCCGGCCCUCGCGGCCGUGAUCCAGCGAUGGGAGGAGGCGGCGGAGCGUCGUGGGAUGCCGACUGGCCUGGCGGUGUUUUGGCUGGGCCAGAACGACGUCUACACUCGGAACGGGCAGGCACGGGACGCUCCAUGGGCAACGAUAGUGACGGCCGUCAGGGAGGUGGCCUCGUGCCAUUUCGUGGCUCUCCUCGGACCCAUGCCACGCCCCCAGGUUGAUGCUCAGUCAGCGUGGAAGAGAACUGCAGCCUAUGACCUCGACCGCCGGCUGAGCUCCCUGGCGGGGCCGAGGGUCGGGUUCUUUUCGGUGGGACGGUCCCUCUGCGUUAUGGGACGGCGAGAUGAGGAGGGGAAGCGCCAGCACUGGGUGAACGAGGACCGCGGCUACUUUUCGGCUGACGGCGUUCACCUGACCCACCUGGGACGGCGGAGGGUGCUGAGCGGCCUCCCGUCCUGGCUGGCCGAGCUGCGUCAGCCAUCCGAGUGAGCGGAUAGCGGAACUCGAGCUGCAUCACCCGGAGGUGGAUGGCGCUGCGGUCUCUGAGGAAGACUGGAUGCCGUCUGACCGGUGCGGCUGUCCGGGGGUGUGGCUGACGGAGGGGCAGCGGGUGAGCGGGCGGAACCAGGAAGGGGGGCUACGUAAGCAAAAGGUUCUGUUCUGUUUUGUUGGUUGCAUUGUUCUGCAUUUGUUCGCAUUCGCACAUUUUGAGGGGGGAAGGAUGUUAGGGGUUGCGGUAUGCGACCCCGUGCCCCCCUCCCUCCCCGGCCGGCCUGGAGUCGCUCGUGCGGCCGGCGCG